GGGGCACAGACGGAGCACCUCUGGGUUCCCCCCUCCUCCCCUCCUCUCUCCUCUGCGUUGCAGGAUGUUUACUCCAAACGCUUCAUCCUGGUGGCCUCCAUCUCCCAGGUGUCCAGCAUCGGGGACCAGAAGUUUGAAGUUAUCACUCACAACCGGACAUUCGCCUUCCGGGCAGAGAGCGAUGCUGAACGCAACGAGUGGAUCAAAGCCGUGCAGAAGAUGGUGGACGAGAAGAAGACCAGGUGCCUUCACAGAACUUCCCGUCUGCAACCGGCCAGCAGCAGCAGCGUUGACUCCGUGGACAAGAAUGGACCCCUGGAGUUGAGGGGCUUCAAAAGCAAGCUCUAUGUGGCCGUGGCUGGGGAGAAGGUCUUCCUCUACAAGAAUGCCGAGGAGUUCCGGCUGGGGAUUGGCAUCACCUACAUCGAGAUGAAUGUGGGCAACGUGAAAGACGUGGACCGAAGAUGCUUUGACUUGACCACACCUUACCGGAUCUUCAGGUAGGGAUCUCAGACAGAU